CAUUACCUAGCAACGAAGGAGUAGAUUACAGUAAUGGACGUCUUUAGACUUACUGAGUUAACUUAGUGAGUGAUUAACAAACGUUGAAAACGCACAUUCUUUCUCCUCUUCCAUGGAUUCAGUACUAAACCUUUCGUACGUAUUUAUAAAAAAAUUAUUACGGAUUAAGCUUGAACAGAAAUAGUAAUUCAUGUCAUUGUUAUUAACAGUAUGAUGAUUAUAUUCAGUUUUUUUUUUUUUUAAGUUUCUAGUUUACUAGUAAUCAGUAUCACUAACUUAGCCAAAUUAUUUGCAUAUACCUAUACUUUUUAAAAUGUGUUACAAUUUAGGCCUUAGGCCAAUUUAAAAGGCAAAAUUGAUUUUACCUACUUUUUAUUGUUGGCAUUGUCUCACUGUGUGUCAUAUAUUUUUGAAAUAUUUAUAUUAUUAUGCCAUUGUACGCUCUUUAACUUCAGUUGUAACUGAUUUAAAACAUUUUUUUAAACUAAAAGAUUAUAUCUAGCCUAAAUAGGAUAUCAUUGUGAUAAUAAUGCAAUUGUUAAAUUUCCAAGAUUUAGACUAGUAGGAGUCAGGUUCAGAAGUCAUCUGAGCACCAAUACCAAUAUAUCUAAUAUAGUAAAGUUUAGUCCUAGUGGUCACCCAAACUCAAAUAUGCAACUAUUUGUCUUUUAAUGCUUGAUAGUCAAAAUGAACUCUGAUGAUUGCAAAAUUGCAUGUAAAGCAUGUACAAGAACCUGCACUUAAUUAAUUAAAUAAUGUGAAAACAUGAUUUAAAUGAAACCAAUUAAAAGGACCAUUGACUAAAAUUGAUUCAAUGUAUUUGCCAGUGAUGCACUGCAGGAAAUGGUCUAGGUUAGGGUUAGAGUUAAGGUAAUCUACUCACAUUAUUAAAAAUUUCCAAUUUGAAAUUGGUAUAUUUUAAAGUUACAUGCACAAAAAUAUAUUGAAAUGCUGGUAAAAAAUAAAUAUACAAAUUAUAAAGUUACUCUAGCACCAUGGGCGCCCGCAGGUUGGGGCAAGAAGGGGCAGUUUCCCCCCCCCCCCCUGGAUUGAUUGGAUACAAAAAUUUUAGACAUAAAUAGACAAAAAAUGUAUUAAAGUAAAGAGAAAAUAAAGAGAAAGUAACUAAGCUGAUGUCCUGUCCGUUCGUUCACCAUACAAAUACGCUACAGUAAAUGAAAACUAUAUUAAAACAUUGCUAAAAAUUCCCCCCCCCCUGGAAAGUUAAUCGAUUUUUUUUCGCCCCCCUAGAAAGUUUUCUGCGGGCGCCCAUGUCUAGCACCCUGUCCAGUUAAUGCAUAUUUCUAAAAGAGUUUUCAAAAGCAAAUUGUCUCUGGUUAAAUCAGCUGCCUUUUUAAAAAUAUGCUUUUUAACAGACAUGUAUAAUUUUCAAAAUUCUCUAUGACUUUAAGAAUGUACAUCCAUGUAUUUUAAUAUUAUGAUCAAACAUUAUGACUUCUCUGUACAGAUGGUGUCAUGGUUAUAAUGGCACACCUAUAUCUUUCAUUGAACCUGGAGUGUUGUGCUACCAAUGUGGACGCAACUUCAAGACCAUUGCACUUGAUGGCAAACAUAGUUCAUUUGCCUUUAAAGGAAGUGCUAGUGGGCCAAUGGCUGUUCACAAAGUCAACAAACAUAUAGCUUUUGCAGAGUAUGCAGAGAAUCCAAAAAUAUUUGUGUAUGCCUAUCCAACAUAUUCUGAGAUAGCUGUUUUGGAAGGUAUUAAAAGGCAGUGUUGAUCUACUUGUUAUUAAAGUAAAAAUAAAUUAUUAGAAAUUUGUUAAAUAUAUCCUAAUAAAUCAUAUUUUUUGUUUAUUGAUAUUUUUUAUAAUUAAUUGAACAAGUAUAAGUUUAAAUUUGUUAAAGAGAUUUUCUAAUCUUGAAAACCUAAACUGAAAUUCUAUUAGUUCAGGCUCAAUUAUGACAUAUUUUAGACAAGUUAAUAAAUGCUGGUAUUUCAUAUUUUUGCUACAAAUUUAUGAUAUAUUGGUGGAUAGAGUUGGAGGUUAGAUUUGCAAGAGAUCAUUCUUUUAUAGAAAUAAAUGUUACAAUUUUUUAGAGUAAAUCUUGGAGAAAAACCUGUUCAAGUGUUUUGAAUGAAGUCAAUCUGAAAAUUAAAUCAUUUAUUAUUUUCACUUUAAGCUGCACUGGCACAAAAUUAAAUGAGGGAGAUACCAGUACUUCUAAUGCAACUUAAUUAGGUAGUUAUCAAAUUUCAGACUGAUCUUCCAGCUCCAUAUGGAAAAUAAAUAGUGGAACUACAUAUUAUUGUGUUUGAAAAAAAGACAGAACAACUGUAAGGAUGAAUCGGCUAAAUGCCUUCUUCGGCAGACAAUGCAAAACAAGAAAAAACAAAUUAUUUGAAAUUGAAAAAAACAUAAAUGUUCCCAGAUCAAAAUGUAGCUUUCUCAGUCUUUGUAAACAAAUUCAAAUAAUUUGUUUUUCUUGAAGAAGGCAUUAAGCUGUAACAUCCUUUAGUUGUUCACUUUUUUUUUUCAAUCCCAAACAUAUCUGGUUCCACUAUUUAUUUACUUCACACAACUUGAACGCAGCCACCAAAUAUCAUCCAUAAGGAAAACUAGUUAGGUUUUUGGUUACCAUUAUUCAAAAACGUGUUCCUAGAAAGUCAUGAUGCUUGCAUGAAUAUACAAACCAAUCCUAAAUUAAACCAAACAAAUUAUUAUAAUUUUCAGUGCUGAAAAAUAUAUGAAGUAUAAAGCUGUAAAUAAAACUGUAUAUAAUCAAGGUAUAUUUGUAAUAUCCCUAUGGGUGGCUAUAUUUUGUUUUAAAAAUUCAAAUAUUAUAUUCUUUUGAUACAGCAUAAGAGGGUAGACAUAUGUGCUAAUUUAACUUAUAUAACCCAGCAACUUUAAAGUUCAUGAAUCAAAUUUUUAUCAGACACCAUUGUUUAAUUUCCACUGGAAACAUAUAAAUCUCAUACCUUGAAGACUUUCUUAGUUUUAAUCAUUAAGGUAUGGUUUUUCAAAUUUAUGGUUGCAUUGUGUUUUCUAAAUUUUAUUUGUAAAAUUUAUUAUUUAAUUUUUUUUCCUUCUUAAGGAGGGGCUGACCUUGAGUUCCAAGUCAUAGAUUUUUCAGAAGGUGAUCAUAUGCUUAGUGUGUCUGGAGUUCCCAAUUUUGAAAUUGUAUUAUGGUGAGGUCACUAAGCCUACAUUAACUUGUAUUAUCUUUAAAUAAAAAAUCUAAAUAUGAAAAAAAUGCACAAACCAUAAACAUUUAUAGUUAAUGAAAGCUAUAAUUUUCAAGUAUAAUUUUAUACAACAAUGAAUACUAACUUUACGCAGUAUUUAAAAUUACAUAAAUAACCAUAAGACUUGAAUGCAUAAUUGAAUAUUUAAAUUAUUAGAUUUAAUAUUCAAUUUUUUCCAAAUGCUUUGUUUUCUUUAAAAAAAUAAAACUUUGAUAAGACUUAGCAGCUUUUUAAAAGAAUUAGAAAAUUUCAUGGUGUUAAAUUCUUUUUGUUUAAAGUCUUCACUUCUACUUAUUCAUUUUCUUAACACAAUAGGAAUUACCUAAAAGGAAUAAAGUUGGUAUCUGUGGAAAUUUCUCCAGAACCUAUUAAAGCCAUAUCCUUCAAUAAAACAAAUUGGAGGCAAAUAUGUGUUAUGAAUGAAAACAGCAUAACUUUAUGGAACAUUGAACAGUGUGGAACAAAAUAUCUUAUGCAACCUCGGUAAGAUUUUUAAAAAAGUAUACUAGAGUUCUAUUGCGAAUUGUGUUUUAUUAUUUUUAAAAACUUUAGGUCAAAACCAAAAGAAAAAGAUAGCACUGAGCCAAGGCCAUCAAUUUUUUCUCAAAUGAUUUAAAAAUUCUGUAACUAUUAAAACGUAAAUUUAUAUUACUUCAGUGGACCCCGCUUAUCUCGAUCUCAGUUAACUCGCCAACCCUGUUAUGUCGACGAUUUGAAGUGGAACCGCCUAAUUAUCUCUUUGUCUUAGCAUUUUCUCCUCAAUUUUGCCAAUUCUUUUAUGUCACCAAACCCUGAUAUCUUGAGCACAAAAGGCAGCCAAAAGUGCCUCUUAACCUCGGUUAUCUCAAGCCCCAUGACCAAUCACCGGCUUUUGAAAGUUAUUUACAACAGAAAUGUGCCUACUUCAAAUUGUAGUAAUUGAAAUAAAAUGACCGAGCAAUUAACUUGACACAGCAAGAAGUGUGGAGCGAGAGGCUUGCAAAAAAAAAAAAGAGAGGUUGCAGCACCUGCUCUAUUUAUAGCAAACCCACUUGUCGCUUGAUAUAGGCUUUCAUGUAUUCUUACAGUUUGAUUAUUUUUUUUAAACCCAGAAUCCAAAUUUAAAUAAGCUUAACUGGCAAAUCCAGAGCGAGAGAAAAUAAAACUUUCGAAUCUGGCGCUAAAAAAUAUUUAGCCUCAUGAAUCUGGAAAUCCGGGAUAAUCCAGAAAAGUUGCACCUCACAUAUGCUUUGUGUUGUUAGCAAACAUGUAUGUAGAUUUUUAUUGCAUGCCGAUCACUUCAUCAAACAAAUGACGGUAACGCUGUUGUGUAAAAACAACUCUAAAAACACGUGCAUGUACAUCUCAUUUAUAAAUGUACAUCGUGUACACAAAGAAAUUUCAAGCACAUUUCAUUUAUCUCAAUCAUCGGUUAUCUCAAUGCUUUUUGGCAAACCCAAAGGCUGUCGACAUAACCGGGAUCUACUGUACUGAGAGGGGUUCUACUGUACUGUUAUGGGUUCUACUGUACUGAGACAUGUUCUACUGCACUAAGAUGGGUUCUAGUGUAUUGAGACUAAGUACGACUUUCUAAUAUUCCAGGAAAGUUAUUCUACCACCAACAGUUUCACAGAAAUCAGAAGAAAACAGAGAUGACACAGUAAUGUAUGUUGAAAAAUCUUCAAUCGGGGCAUUUAAGUAUGUCCUCUCCGUCCCUGAAUCCUCAGUGGCUGGACUAGUUGGUGAACAAGUUCACAUGUUGGAAACCUUGAAAGAUUUAACACCAAGAGUUCAGCCUUCAUCCAUGGCAUGGUUGCCAACUGGAGAUUUUCUUGUAGGCUGUGAAGGUGGCCACAUUUUCAAGGUAUUUUAAUACAAUUGAAAUUAUAUUUGGCACAAUAAUGUAUGUUUAGCUGAAUAUAAAUAAAACUUAAUCCUCUUUCAUAAUUUGGGCCACUUUUUAAUUAUGCUUUUGUCUCUUGAUGCUUCUUUUUUCUUCUUUUGUUUCGAUACCAUCUGAAAUUAAAAUAUAAAUUAACCAAAGGGUCUUAUACUGAGCAAGCAAAGAGAAAUAUUAAAUUAUCCAUAAACUUAACAAAUUGAGAAAACCUUUUUUUUUAUUUUUACAUCUAUUAUAACCAUAAAUUUGAUAUAUUUUUUCCAUUAAAUUUCUAUUCUAAAGUUUGUUAUUUAUUAAUUGCAUUAGGUUGACAGUGAUUUGGGAUCUUCAAAAGUAUUGCAUUAUCCACAUGAAAAGACUGAAGAAAUUUUUCCUCAAAUACAAUUAAGUAAUAAACAUAUUCAAGUUUUUUUGUUACACCAUAAAUCUAUUUAAGUCAAAUUAAAUUUUUUUAAAUGUUAAAAAUUUCUCUAACAGUUUCUUAGGCCCUUUAAGUGAAAUCCAAACUAUCGCUGAUGUGAAGGCAAAAAUUUGAUCUUAAAAUCAUUUAGUCUAGUUUUAAGCGCUUAGUAUUGAAAGAUUAACACAAUUUCUUUUAUGCUUUAAACUCUUCUUUGGGGCCAUCCAUAAAUGACAUCACACUAUAAUGACAGAUUUUGAGAACCCCCAUCCCCCCUUCAUUUUAGAUUUGUCAGGCAAUUCAGACACUAACAUAAUGCAUCAUCACAAUUUGUUACCCCCCUCCCAUCCACCCCCCAAAUGUGUGACAUUUUUUAAUGACUUCCCCCCUUUCAUCCUUAUUGUUAAAUUAGACAGUGUACUCCUUAAAUGGAAUGAUUUCAUUAUUUUUUAAAGUUGAGUACCAUUGGAAAAAAUUGUCUGACUCAAUGAAAUGGUUGAGUAGGUUAACUAUUUAAAGAUAUAAUUCUCAGCAAAACCUGAUGUGAACUUGCCAGCUGGUUCUCUUGACUGCAUGGUUCUGCACAGCAGUGGACUGUUCACCGCUGGAAAGGUAAAAUUUCCUUUUAAGAUUGAAUCUAAGUUGUUAAUAAGCAUUAUUUUAUUCAUUUUAAAAAGAGAAAUUUAGAAAUAUAUAUUUGACAUACAAGUAUUAACAAAUGAAUUUUUUAAUAUAAUUUUUUAUAUGAUACUGCAGCAAUCUAAAGAAGCAGAGGUUUUUGCCCUUGGUAAUCUUUUUUGCCUAGAAACAGAAAAAGUAACUUGAUAAGCACAAACAGACGUCGCGAUAGACAUUAUCAGCUUUUUUUAAACGAAAGUAGUGUCAAUCACAUCGAUUUUCUAAUUAUUAUUAGUAUACUGAAUGCAUCUUCAGAGUGAUGUGUGUAUUAAAUAAAAGCUUUUGUCUUGGGGGAUAAUAUUUGUUUGUGGAAAUUACAUUUAACUUUAAUAUUGAAUAAAAGAUUACAAUUUGAGCUUGAAGACUGCUUCAAAGAAUUACUUUGAUUAAACUGUAUGAAUGAACUGUAUCAUGACUAUUCAAAAUUGCCAACUGAAAAUUUAACGAUUAAUGUCAUCACUUCAAAAAUUACAUUUUGCCAGAAUCAAAGCAUUAAAGAAACUUAAUAUACAAUUAUAUAGUCGAUUCUAGUAUUUUAGUUUCAUUGCAACAAUACUGAAUUAAUAAUAAGCUUUUAAAUUCUGAUUUGCUACAGUUACAGGUACUCAAACUUAAAAUUUAAUUGCAUCUAACAUGCACAAAACGCAUACAAUUACAAAGACUUGCAUUUAUCUUUCCAAUAACACGAAGAUUACCCAUCUUUCAUUUAUAGAAGAAAGGUUAUGAUUUUUUAUUGGCCUUAUUUAAGCCAUGUGAAGCCAUCUUUCUAUAUAAUUUAGUUUGUAAAUUUCUUGUUUACAAUGUUUCAGCAAUCAAAUUACGUGGAGACACUAACAAAACAAUUUGUAACAAAAUAAACUAAAUAAAUUUUGAAUAAAUCUUUUAUCUUUUUCUUCAAUUAAUAUUCGGAAAUUUGAUCAAAAGAAAUUUUAUCGAUGGAAAAUUGAUCGACUGAAAUUUGAUCGAAUGGAAAUUUGGUGGAAUCUUUUUUCAGUUCACAUGUUAAACUUUUGCUUCAAAUAACAUUUCUUUUUGAACGCAUUAUUUUGUUUUACUACAUAGGGAUGUGGUGUGCUUAGAAUUGACAGUUGUCAAAAAUGAUACUUUUUAAAAAUAAAAAUCAAAUAGCAUAACUAUUAAAUUAAUAAAGAUAUUAAAAUACAUUAAAAUAAUUAACCUUCUCAUUUAAAAAAAAAAAAUUGACGCAAAGCUACUGUAGCCAAUAAAUUUGUACAUUUAUAUGCUUUAUUUUAAAACUAAUAAAGCUAUAAUAAUAAAAAUUUCCACCAUAACAGAUAGUUUCUAGAUGAAAUGACAGACAUUUUAUCAAUUGCUUUUUCCCUUUAAAAUAAUUAACCUCCACAUUAAAAAAUUUUUUUCAUGAAAAGCUCUUCCCCAUAAACAAUGAUAACUCUUGGUGACAAGGAAAGUAAUAACCCCUGUUGCAGUGUCCCAUUACAAAGAUUCAAUGAAACAAAGAUAUCUAUUUCAUAUUGCAAAUUAAUGAGUAUCAUGCAACCUUGAUAUUCAUAAAAUAAUAAUUCUUUGAUUGGGUCACAACCACGAAAUUGUUGCACUAUAUAAGUUUUACCAAAGUAAUCACUUAAAAAAAAACGUUUAUAGUUUGGGGUCUUUUGUUUUUCAAUUUAAAAAAAUGUUUUGGAUGUUUUAGUUUUAAAUAUAAAUUCAAAUAAAAUUCAAUUACCGCAGCCCAAACAUUAACAUUUUUUAAACUCUAUAGAAAUGAUAUGUGAUUACUUUCUAGAAUAUUUAAUAAAAGUUCACAUUUAUAAAAAAUAUUUUUUUAAAUGGCAUAUUAUUAAGAUCAAAUGGCAAGAUGAACAAAAUUGAGCAGUUACAUAACAAGAAUAAGCCCACACAAGUGAGCCAUAAGAUUAGCUUCAUUAGCCACAAAGCUUCUGACACUUUGUGAUAUUGCUGGUAAAAGUCAUUAAAUAAUUGCCAACUGGUAUGUUAGUGUGCCAUGGGAACUCACUAUAUAAGAUUGUAUUUCAUAAUUUCAUAAGCAAAUGUUUUUGAACCAGCUAUCUUAUCAUAUAUACAUGUUUAUGUAUGAAGCCAUCAUACAAAUUCACAAGACAAACCAGCCUUAUCCACAAAAAGCAGUAGUGUCAAGAAAAUACAGCACACUGAGCACAGUUAGAAAUGUGCUCCUAACACUUGUGUGAUUUAUUUAAUACAUGUAUAUAAUUUUGGAACAUGUUUGUUUAGAUAGUAAACUUACCAGAAGGGAAAAUUUAGUAAUGAUGAAUGUAACAAAAGUACCAGUGCUUGACUUACUUGUUUAUUUGAAUAUCAAAUUGCAAAUAAAAUUAAUUAAUGUCACAAAACUAGAGCCAAAGGAACUAUAACCACUGGCCCAGCAUGCAGACUAAAUCAAACCAAGAAUAGUCCAUGGUCCAUGGCGAACACAAUAAAUAACAAAACAGUUAAUCAAAAGAAUCCUAAAUAUAAUAAUUAUGUUUGCUUAUUCUGAAAAGGCAAAAUGAAAAGAAACUCUCAUCCAGAGAAUUAAAAAUAUAUUAGAGGUAAAAUUUAGCUAUGAAAGAGUUGUUUAAAAGAACUGCUUUGUUGUAUCUGUCUAUAAAUGAAUGAAAAAUAAUGUUAAAGUUACUUUAGAGGUUUUUCUCUAGCCUCUUAGUUGCUUCAUUUUCCCCUGUUUGGCCCUAGUAACAGAUAACUAGCUAAUAAUAAGCUUUUAAAGAGAAAGUUGGAUAUGACAAUCUGUAGAAAAACCUCUACACUUUUAUACAAGUUUUGCUUUCUUUACAGGUUACAAAUUCUAGUUUUAAAUCUGUCCAGAAAUAUUUGCAAAAAGCUAUUAAAAAUUUUAAUAAAUGUAUGCAUAUAUGUAUACCUCUUACUAAUUUGAUUUCGAAAAAGAAACACAAUUUCAUAACAUGAAGCUAGUUUGGCACAUAAACCACCUGGCUCACCUGAUGUAAUAUGUUACUAGAGCACAAGUUCCCAGCUCUUGGAAAGGGACAUCAAAAGGUGUUAAGAAGGGAUUUCUCUGGCUUAAAUUAUAUGCUAAGAGAAAUAUUGAACUUUAAAUUGGUUCUUUUUACAUUUUUAUCUUAUAUUUUGAGAUUAAAUGGAAAUCAUGGCAUUAAAACUUUAUUGUUUUUGUAAUUACAUUUAGUUUUAAUGUGUUUUCUUUACAAGAAUUUACUUUAUUCAAGCCUUUUUUUCGAUAUAUAAUAGUAAGAGUGACUUUAUAAAGUUAUAAAUAAAUGUGGACAAGAUUUGAACAUGUUGAAGAACCUGUGUACUAGAGUUACUGAGAUUAAUAAUUCAGUGCAGUUAAAUAGAUUUUACAGGCCCUUGCUUAUAACGACAAUUUGUGACUAUAUGUGAGUAAAAGAAUGUAUGUGGAUUUCCUGGGUUGAGAAAAUUUCUCUGAAAGUAUUUUUGCUUGUUAAAUAUUGUGCAGGAUCCCAGGAGAGAAACUCUUGUUUUAAUAGUGGAUACCAACAAACAAAACUUUUUGAGAGCUGCAGUCUGUUAGGCCAAUUAAGCUAUCCCCCAGUGUAAAACUUUUCUCCCUCGUGAAUAUUCACUUCCUUUUUUAGCAACAUACUUCAACAAUUACAUGGGUCUUGAAGAUUUGUCUUUAUAUUCUUCUUCUUCUAUAUCUUAAGGGCUCACGAUCAAUUUAUUGAUUAUUUUGGCUCCUAUGCAUGUAGAUGGGAUUUGCAAUGUUUCUGUUCCUGGUGUUGAUGAGGAAAUUUCACAGAUUUCCAGUGCCACUUUGUGAGGGAAUCAUGCACUGGGGGUUUGAAGGCUUGAGGCAAUAGACACAAAUGUGUCUAGUGUUGUCGCCUCAACUGUUCCUUUUGAAAGAUGGUUCCAGUCCCUGAUUGUCUUGGGCAGGAAUGAGCAGCUCCUAUACUGGCUUCUUGCUGGUAUGAGCCUGAAUUGCCUGUCAUGGCCUCGUCGCUGUCUAUGGGGGAGAGGGACGAGUUUCUGUUUAAUACUGGAACAGUGGACCAGCCCAUUAUUUAUCUUGUACAUCAUGGAGAGCCUGGAUUGUCGUCGUCGUUUCUCCAAUGGUGACCAGCCUAGUGUUUCUAGCAUGCUGCCAACACUAGAGGUAUUCCUGUAGCGGUUUAGGACAAAGCGUGCUGCUCGUCGCUGGACCGCCUCCAACCUGUCAAUGCUCUUCUGGGUAAAUGGGUCCCAGACUGAAGAUGCAUAAUCUAAAAUCGGACGGAUAAAGGCUUUAUAUGCUCUUUCUUUCACACAGGAGUUGCCAAUCUUUAGAUUUCGCCUUAAGAACCCCAAGGCUUGGUUUGCUUGGUUACAUACAUUGUUAAUAUGCUCGUCCCAGCGGACCUCUCUUUGAAUGGUAACACCCAGGUACUUUACGGAGGAAACUUGCUCAAGAAUAUGGCCGUGCAGUUUGUAUUGGUAGUGUAGAGGAGUACAACUUCUAGAGAUUGAUAGUGUCUGGCACUUGGCAGGGUGAAAUUCCAUGUCCCAGCUCAUCUCCCACUCAGCUAACAGAUUGAGAUCCUGUUGUAGCUGGUCCUGGUCAGAUCUGUUGGCGAUCGUCCUAUACACUGCUGUGUCAUCUGCAAACAGUCUUGCCUGUGAUGUCAGUUUCUCCGGUAGGUCAUUAAUGUAUGCUAGGAACAAACAGGGGCCCAGGACUGAUCCCUGGGGGACCCCUGACUUCACAUUGACAAAGGAGGAGCUUGUACCGCCCACCACUACUGCUUGGCGUCGGUGGCUGAGGAAGCUAGAGAUCCAUGUUUUAGUGGUGCCUUGAAUCCCAUAUAUCUGGAGUUUGUGUAGAAGCAAACUAUGAUUCACCCGGUCAAAUGCUUUUGCGAAGUCCAUUACUAGCACGUCAGUCUGCUUGUGGUUCUCCAGAUUGGUCAUCAAGUCUUCUACAAAUUCGAGAAGCUGGGUCUCACAUGACCUAUUGACUCGGAAGCCAUGUUGACAGUCAUUGAGUAUAUUUUGGCUUUCAAGAUGCUUCAUGACAGAGCUUACGAUUAUGUGCUCCAACAGUUUGCAGACGACGCUAGUGAGGGAUAUCGGACGAUAGUUGGCAGGGUCGGAAUGCUCCCCUUUCUUGUAAAUUGGAGUGACAUGCGCUGUUCUCCAGUCUGCUGGAACAUUUCCUGUGCAUAGUGACGAUUGGAAGAGGAUUGUCAGUGCAGGAGCGAUUUCUUUGGCUAAUUCUUUGAGCACUCGUGGUUUAAUGUGGUCAGGACCACAUGCUUUGUAAGGAUUAAUGGUAUUGAGGAGGGCAAACACACCUUGUUCUGAUAUCUGGAUAUCUCCCAUGAUAGGAUAGGCUCUGUUCAUCAUUUUGGUUUUCAGAAGGAACUCAGUCUCAGAGUACUCUCUACCGUCACCAAAGACCGACUGGAACUGCUGAUUGAGUAUCUCCGCCUGUGCUUUUGGGUCAGAUGUCAAUUGGCCAUCCCACCUCAAGGGGGAAACUCCAGCGUUUGAGGACUUUUGGUGUUUCACAUAGCUCCAGAAGCGCUUGUUCUUGACAUCUUUGGUCGGGGUGUCUUCCUCUGAGAAGAUGCCGUUCAUGUAGUUCCAAUACGAUCUACGCAAUAAGCGUUGAAUGGUUCGGCGGAGUCUCAGUACCUCCUCUCUCAGUUCCAUCGAGCCAUUUUUCUUCAUGCGUUUGUAUUGGCGGUCUCUCCUGUGGAUGAGCCUACGGAUUUCAGCCGUGACCCAUGGCUGAUUUAUCCUAGGUUUGGUGAUUUGGUGUGGUAUAAAUUUCUUCACUGCAUCAGUGAUUGUAGUCUUGAACUUCUCCCACAGCUCGUCUGUUGUCGCUGUACCUUGAAUCACCUUCAUGUUUGAGCUUAGCUCUGUGGUUGCAAUCCUUAGGCCAUCCCAGUCUGCCUUGGCAUAAAUUGGGAUUUCUCGAAUGAUUUGUUUCAUUUUUAGUGUGUUGACCUGAAAUUCACAAUAAGGAAUGCUGUGGUCCGAAAUCCCGGAGAUUUAUUUUAAAGUUUACUAAAGUUUAGUAAACCAGUCAAAACAAUGCAAAAAUUUUAAGGCUUUGUGUGUGUAGUUAUUUUAUAAUAAAAAAGACAUAAAAGUGCAUGUUUUUUGUUUUUUUUUUCAAUUAAUUAUUACUCAUUUUCAGAUUUUUUAGAUUUUGAAAUUCCUUUGAAAGCAUUGAUUAUAAUGUUACUGGAUUUGUAAAAGAAUUUAAUAAAUGAAACAAAAAAUAAUAAUGAUGCAAAUUAUUAAUUUUUUAUGAAGUGUUCACAAUAUGAAUCAUCAUAGAAGCAUGGGUGCCCGCAGAAAAAUCGAUUAACUUUCUAGGGGGGGGGGGGCAAAAAAUUUUUAGUAAUCUUUUAAUGUAGUUUUAAUUUACUGUAGCGUAUUUGUAUGGUAAACGAACGGACAGGACAUUAGCUUAGUUAUUUUGUCUUUAUUUUCUCUUUACUUUAAUAAAUUUUUUGUCUAUUUUUGUCUAAAAAUUUUUUAUCAAAUCAAUCCGGGGGGGGGGCGCCCAUGCAUAGAAUUAAAUGUUCUCAUUCAGGAUUGAUUUAUUAUAACGACCAUAACUUCUUAUUAUUAUUGCCUCACUUUUAUGCAUUUUAAAAUCAUUAAGUUCAUCUAUUAAUCUGCAGAUAGAUGAUUCAAUUGCUUACUCAUCCAAAUUUUUUAGGAUGGCUUUAUUCGACUACUUGACAUUUCAAAAGACGAAGUCUCAAUCAUUGAAGAAAUACCUGUGAAAUAUCCUGUGUCUACUUUGAAUUUUAACUACAGUUAUCAGCAUCUGGCCUGGGGCUCACCGAAGGUUAGUAAAACGUUCAUAAUCACAAUUUGCCCUAAAUGAUUGUUUUUUUCCAGUGGUGAAUGCAGACGGAAGACAACUGAGGUCAAGUACAAUAAAUUAAUGCAAAAUAUACACAAUUUUUGUCAAAAUGUUUACUAAUUUAUUUUCAUAUCAUCCUUUAGGGUAUCAUCCAGUAUUUAUCAGUUGGAGAUAAAGCAUCAGUAACUACCUUGAUAGAAAUGCCCAGAGGAAACUUCGUCGGUGUUGGGGGCAUGACUAUAGGAUCUGAUUGCUGUGUGGUAAGUUUCAUGACAGGCUUAUACUAAUGUCAACGUAGAUAUGGGAUUUAUGUUUAUAGAAUCUCAAGAGAAAUGUCCUUAACUUUGAUGUUAACCUUUGUUUGAAAUUAACCCCCCCAAAAAAAACAUGUGCUGUAAAUUUCUCAUUUAACCCCUUUAACACACUGCAUGAGAUUUAUUAUGCAGUUUUGUUUUAAAUAAGUUUUAUUCCUUCUCACAUGUGUUUUUAUUUGUAGUGUUUUUGUUCAUCAAUUAAAGCUUUUCCCCAAAACUUUUUUUGUUUAUUUCAUCUUAAUUUAGUUUCCCCUGCCUAAUUGUUUUGUAUUGCCAUAACAUUACUUUAUAAUGAAGAAAUAUUUAUGUCUUUCCACAUGCUAUCUAUUCAGUCUGUCAGUGUGGAGGGCAUACUCCAAAUGUGGAAAAUAACUGAUGGGACCUUUAUGGGACAGCUAUAUUUACAAGAAUCAGUAAGUCGCCAGUAUUGUUUUAACUCAGUCCACUGAUAAUCUUUUAUGAUUUCAAGUUUCAAAUGAACAGACACUUCCAUAGAUUCCAAUCAUAUCUAAUAAUGUCAAAUGCAUGAAGCUAUAUGGAUGAACUUUGCAAAUUCCUACAUUGUUGAAUUGAGAAAUCACUGUUAUCAUGUUUGAGAACUGCACAACAUAAAUGAGUCCCCAGGGAAGAAAACCGCAAAUCUAUAAACUAAUAACUUUGAGGACUUUUUAAAAUAUAGAUAGCUGAUAAAACACUUAAGGAUUCAUUGCUAAAAUAAUUCUUAUUUAGUUAUUUAAAAAACAAGAAUUCAAUAAUGUACUUUCACUAACCGCCUUACAAGAAUAUAGUAACAAAAAAUAUCAAAACUUUGAUCAUGUCCAUGUUUUAAUAGAUGUUGUUUUUCUCAAUACUGUAAUCAGUGUUCCAGCCUGGCAUGUAGCCCCAUAGCUCAGUAUAUUGCAGUGGGUACAAGUGGUGGAAAUUUGUGUUUUGUAGAUGCUACCAAGCCCCAGAUGCCUCGAGUCAUUAUGAAACACAGACUAUUUAAAAAAUCUUUGGACUACAUAGUGUAAGUAAAAAAUACAAAAAAAUUGUAAUUACUGCUAUUUUAAACAAAAUAAGUUAUACCAAAUUAGAACUAGCACCAACUAGUUAGACAUUAUUAUACCAGAACAACAAUUUCCUUAUGUCACUAAAAGGUUAAACACAUCAAGCAUGCUCUCAAUAAUUUAUUUAGGUCUUUUCAUUUCAUACUCUUAAGCAAAAAUAUUACACCACUGUAUUGAACACCCAAAGACAAUCAUUUUUGUCCACUUACUUGUAUGUUCACUUUUAACCCCCAACCUCCUUAUGCACAUUUAAAACAUACUCACUGGAGUAGAAUUUGGCUGCUCCAUCUCAUUUUUACAAACCACUAUAUGGUUUUGGAAAUAUAAUCUGUUUUAAAAUUUGGCUCAUUAGAUGAACAAUACAUAACAAAUGACUGAAAACCAGUAUAAAAAGAUAAAUUAUGCCAAAGCUAGUUAUAUUAGCAAUAUUCAAUUUAAUUAUACUAUUAAAUUUCUUUUAAAAUACAAAAUAAAUAUACAGAAAUAACAACUCUCUCUCUCUCUCUCUCUCUCUCCCUCUCCCUCUCUCUCUCCCUCCCUCUCUCCCUCUCCCUCCCGCUGCCGGCCAGGGAAAGCCGCCAGCUUACUUAUAAGGAGGGAGUUUGAACCCUCCAGAAAAGAAAUCCUAGAAAGUGCAUCACCCUAGAUUAUUCUCUACCUUCCAUUUGCAAUUUAUUUGAAUGUUAACAACCUUUUUCCAUAUAAGGAAUGGGUGGGUAGUGGUAGAGUGCUAAGCAUUUAAUUGGUUGCAUCAAUAUCAAAACAAAAAGGGGGAGAUAAGUGGUGGGUGCUACAGAUCCAUGUUCAUGCAAAAUUAGGUCAACACAUAGGCUACAACACACAUUUUUUUUUGUUAUAUAUAAUGCACCUUGGAAGCAGGUUAGGUGUGGUUAGUUUGCCAUGUGUAAUGAAGUGGAUGAGGUAAAAAGUGUUAUAUUUCUAAAUAUUAUGCAAAUUUAAUUCAUUUCAAGCAAGAUGUUUAAUAAUUAAUAAAGCAACAAUUUUAUAACAAUACUAAUUAAGGAUUAAAUAUUAUGCUGAAUUUAUGCUUUCCAAUAACUUAAAAAAAAAAUUAAUAUCUGUUUUCUCCUACAACAUCAGUUAUGUGUCCCAUUUACCAUUGGCUUCAAUGAAAGUUAUGUAAAUGAAUUUGAAGUGUGUUUUAUUUUUAAAAAUACUGUUAUAUUAUUUAUAAAUAAAUUCUUUUAAAAAAAAAAUUGAAAUAAGAUUACUGUCUCUUCAGGUUCAAUGGUGACACUGGAAAUAUCUUGUUUGCUGCAUCUAAUGACAGCAACAUAUUUCUUGUAGACGCUAGACCAAGUUGUGGUUUUGUUGUUUUGGGAUAUCUAAGUAAGUAAAAAUAUUUAAAUAGUUUAUUUAAGCAGCACACCUAUUUAAGUGUAUUGUUUUGAUAUAACACAAUUAUUUAAUACUGAAUAGCAUAAAACAACAGUUCAAAAUCAACAUUUUAUCAAAAGAUGUCAUACAUUCAACUAAAUACUAAAAUCCUUUCAAUAAAACAAAGAUUUAUAUCUUUUUUAUGUAAAUCAUAUGCUGAAAAGGAUAUUCAUAAAAAACCAACCAACCCAAUAAUAAACAUUUACUUUUAGAAGGUUUUCUUCAGAUUUUUUAAAUUUAAUUUUUUUUUUUUAUGUGAGAUACAUUCAAUAAACAUGUCUAAGGAUCUGUGCAGCUGUAUUGUUUGAAUGGAUUUAACUUUUUUCAUAUAUAAAUUGGUCUCAAUAUUGACCAGUAAGCCUUUAUUACUAUUAAAAUUUAAUAAAAUAUUUCUUGAAUCAAUAUCUGGAUAACAAUAAUAUUUUUCCUUAUUUCCUGAAAAAGUUCUUAUAAAAAUGUGUCUAUCACUAAAUUUUAAACUAUUAAUAUUUUUUCAAAAAUCAGGUGUGCUGGGCAAUGUUCAAGCGUUGUCAACCAAUGUUUUCCAAAAAGAUAGGACAAUUUUGGUUGCAUCUUGCAACAACAAUCCAGAAAUAAAAGGCUCAAACCUUCUGUACAAGUUCACAUUUACUGGUCCUGUUAUUGAUGGUCAGUAACAUUUUAUUGAAAGAAAAUAGAAGUUUCAUUAAAACUUUUGUCUGCUGGUCAACAUAAUCAGAAAGACAUAAAUGAUUUAUCAUAAAAAAAUUACAUCUACCUAAAAUAUUUUAAUAUUUUUAAGAUGUUUGAAUAGAUUUAGGCCUAAGUAAUUGCAAAUCAAUAAAUUUAUCACUUUAGAUUUUCUUUAUAGCCUCUAAUUGUGUCAUUUUUAUCAUGCAUCAAAAGGUUAAACUUUGUCAGUAACUUAAUUAUUAUAAUUUUAUAAAUCUAGGGCAUUAAUAUAGAAAUAUAGUUUAUAAUGCAUCAUUUUUUAAUCAAAUCUUUACUCCUGAACUAUUUCCCCACAAACAUAGAUAUCCAGAGGUACUAUAAAAAUUCUAUGUGUGAAAUUGAUGAACAAGCAUGCCAUGCAUUAAAAAUGGGGCUUCGCCAUGCAAUUUAUGGUCUUGCCAUUGGAGAAGGAGAAGUUAUUUAUGCUCUAAGUGCCAGUACUAAGAAAAUUUUGGUGUUUAAUAUGCCAGUACAAGACUCAGAAAGAGCACUGAAAAAGGUGAGGUACAUUUCAAGGAGAAGAUUUAGAAAUUUUGGCUUUCUCAGAUAAAAAAUUAUUAUAAUCUUUUUUUUUUAAAUUUUACAUUUAAAUUUUUAUUUUUAUUUGAAGCAUCCUUGUGAUUCAUUAAAAAAAAUUAAAAUUAACAGUGGUUGUUUUUGUUUUGGACAAGGUUGAUGGGUACUGUUUUAGACAUAAUAGACAUGUGUAAUUAUUAUACAAAACUCAACUUAGCUAAAAGCUUAUGUGGAUUCAGCUAUAUAAUCAGUGGCGUAGCGAGGGUGUUUGGCGCCCGGGGACAAGAUUCGCGCCCGGGGACAAGAUCCAUUUUAAAGCGCCCCCUUUUCUUUUUUUCAACUCUCAAACCCAUUAUUUUUACCAAUAAUAUAAUAUCAAAUCACAUUUUGGCGCCCCUAACUAGCUUGCGCCCGGGGACAUCUGUCCCCCCCUGCCCCACCAUCGCUACGCCUCUGUUUAUAAUUAGGAAGAUUAAAAUGUUUGGGGGAAGAAAAACUACUUAUGUAUAGACAUUGAAAUCAAUUAUAAAUGAUCCAUUGAAGAUUUGGCCUAAUUGAAUUUUUUACCUCCCAGAUUGAUCUGCUUCUAAGCCCUGUUAGUGAAUUCCCUGGUCACCAGCUUAAUGGUGGAAGUAUUCUUCUGUCCCCACAUCUCAAGUGGCUACUUUCCUAUUCCAAAGAUGGCUCCAUCAAAAUAAGAAGUGUUGCAACCAUGGUGAGAGACAUUCAUAAAUCAAAUGAAGUCUAGUACUGCUACAUAUUUUGUUUUCUGUAUGAAUAAUAAUUAUAUUUUCCACAAUUGCUUAUCCUUUAUGAGGUAAAAAUCAUCAAACAUCUUAAUGAUUAUAACUUAUAAUGAUACGGAUGCCUAAUAAAACAUUAAUUAUGUCUAUAAAUAUUAAUUUGAUUUCUUUUAUGUAUAUAUUUGUAUUGCAACAGAAAAAUAUUUAUAGAAUACAAAUUUCAUCUAUAUUAAAUGUUGAGUUUCUUUUACCUUCUUACCAUGACCAAAAUAAAAUUUAAAUCCUGCGGCUGUAGGAUUAUAUUAAUAUUUAUAUAUUUAGACAAUAUUUAAUCAUGAGCAGUUUAAUGUCAUCUGUUUUGAUGCAAUUAUAUUUCCAGGAUCGCACUGCUAUAUUUAUCGCACAUGAGUAUCGUUUUGGAGGAGUGAAAGCUGUUGCUUUUUCUGAUGACUGCCAAUAUAUUUUUACAUGUGGUUUUGAUGGUACUUUUGGCUGCUGUCACUGGAUGUAAGUUGUUCAUAUAACUCUUUGUUUCAUUUACUCUGAUUACAGUUUUCAUUGGCAUUAAUGUUUUGUAAUAAUUUUAGCAUUCUUUUGUUAAAAAAAAAUCAAAAUAAAUGUAAAAAAAAUUAAUUACAAUGUGCAUGGCUGUGUCAAGGAAAAGCUAUGCCUGAGGCAAAUAUGGUAUGUAUAUAUUUUUAUAUAUAUUUUUAAAAAAAUAAUGAAGUUUUUGGUGCCUCUUGGUUUAGGCCCCUGGGACAUAUGUUUCUAAUUGAAGGUGAAAGUUAAAUCAAUAUAUCAAGAACCAGACACUGACUAAUUAUAUAAGAUAGAAAAUCUACCCUGAUAUUUGUUGGUGUUUAUAAGCCAUCUGUGCACCACAGACAGAAUCAGCAACCAAUGAUUAAAAUGAUAAUGAUGUAUUUUGAUGGCUGGCUGAGGAUUAAAAAAAAAAAUAGAAAUAAGAAGGCAUAUUUUUAGUAAAUUUGUAUGAAAAACAAAGCAAUCUUUUUCUUGAUUCCAGACACACAAAGAGCAAGGGGGUCACAAGCAUGUUCAAACAGCGGAGAAACAGAGACAUGGAAUUUAUUCAAAGAGAGAAUCAAAAGCUUGCAGACUAUCAAGAUUGUUUCCAGACAAUGCCAGAUUUUCGCAGGGCCUCAGAACUUGAGAAUGAAAGAAGGGUAUGAGAUGUAAAAACACAAUUAUGAAAUAAUGAUUUUUCAUUAAAAAAACAUGCAUAGUUUCAAAUUUUCAUUGCAUGCAUUUUUUGUUAAUGUAACCGCUAACCUUUCAUUGUUGUGUCUUAGUUCACUAAAAUGUAAGCAAACACAAUAAUAUUUUAACCUAAUUUUAAGCCAUAUCAAAAAUCAUCAAGUUUUUUUUAAAAAUAAUGUUUCAAAAUACAAAAAUGUAAAUUCAAUAUUUUCAUUUAAGGUUAGAAUUUAUUUUGUACAUUCAUUUCUUAAAAAUAUGUUGAAAAAAUAAAUGCAGUUGUAAGAUAUAAUGAACAUUUAUAAAUUCAGGUUAUUCUUUAUAAAAAAAGUACACUAUAUUGCCCUGAUCGUUAAAGCUUUUUUUAAAUUUAAAAAUAAUAACAAAAAUAUUUGAAAUCAAAUAUUUUCAACGCUUAAAUAUUUUGUUUAAUUUUUGUGUGACCAGAGCAGUGUAAAUAUUUUUUUUAAAGGAGCUGAUAGAGCUUGCUAAACAACAAGCUCAAGACAAUGACCAGAUUUAUGUGUCCCCACCUCCAUCACCAAGGCUCAAUUCCACUUGGCUUGAACAAAGACAGAAUGAUGUAAGUUUUAGGGAUUUAGGCAAUUUAAUUUGAAUUAAUACUAUUAAUUUAUUUAGAAAAUUACCUUCACUUAAUUUAAAGCUUAAAAUUUGACAAAGAAUAUUGAUUAAUUCAAUUAAUUAUAAAAAUAAUGUUAAUUUUUUUGUAAAUUAAUCAUUUUUAAGUUUGAUAAAUGUCAUAUUUAUAACAGCUGGCCAAUGUUGAAAAAAUGUAUCCUAGCAAAGCUGUAGCAUAUGAAAUAAACUAAGACAUUUAUCUUUAUAUAUGUUUACAUAUUUACGCAUUAAAGAAUUUAAAUUGUCAUAUGCUUCCCUGCCAUCUACUGCCACCUUGAUUCUCUUUGAAACAAAUGAAAAUGCAAUACACCAUCAAGCCCAUUUUUUAAGGAUUUCAUUUGUAGAUUUGUAGCUCAUUAAUUAUGUGGCUAAUCCAAUUUAGUUUAAUUUCUAGAAACAGCAAAAGUAUUUAUUUUAGUUCAAUAGUUUUAAUACAUGUAUCCCCCUAGGCCUUGCGUCAAGAGAACAAACAUUAUGCCACCAUUAAAUAUGAGCUUCGCUCUCAGAUAAGAGAUAUCAGAAGAACUGUAAGUAUACUUUUUCCCCUUUUUUUUUUUAACCAAGCUAAAAUAUUUAAAGAUCAAAUAAUUAAUUUUUGAAAGCUUAGUACACUCAAGCUGUAACUUUUUAAAACAUUGAAUUCUAAAACAUGUACAUCACAGAUUCAACAAAUGAUGGCAGAAAACAGGGAUCUCCCAGAGAUUGAGAAAUUGGGAAGGCAUGAGUUUGACCUGGAUCUUGAAGAACAAAGCAGAUUACAGCAAGAAGGGGAAGCAGAAGUCCAAAAAGUUAGUUGGUUCUAAGAUUUUUUUGGUUAUUAUUAAAUUAUUAAUAGUCUCAGAAUUCUGAUAAUUUUUUUUUUAUUGACAGAUUGUAUUUUUAAAUGUAAGAAUAUACACAUAAAGCAUUUCAUUAUUUACCAGGUGAGAGAGACAAUAGAAUUUGAGAACCUGGCAAAGUUAUAUUUACGAGACAAAAUCAAAGAAGAAUGUUGGGACAAAAUGUUUGUUAAAGGGAGAUCACUGCAGGUCAGUAUAAAACAAUUACUAAAUAUAUAAAAAUUUCUCAGAAAACAAAGACAAAAUAAUUUAAUCCUGUAAACUAAACUUCCAGGAAAAAUGACAAUUAUUUCCUGCAAACCUUUAUGCAAAAUUGUAACAAAACACAUAAAGCCACCAUAAGUAAUCAAUGUAACUUCUUUUGCAUGAUUUUUUUGUCAGGCAUUCAAUAUUGUACUUGAAGUAAGCAAUUUUCCACUGCGUGAGCGAUCAAUUGAAUUGUUGAAUCUUAUCAGGACUGUAGCUAUUCGAAGAAAAAUAGAGAUAAGAGAAGCAGAGGUAAUCUUAAAUUUUUGCCUUUUAACAACUUUGCAACAUUCUCUUCAUAAAAAUUAAAUAAAUGUGUUAUCAUGAAUACUUUAUUUUUAUUUGUGUUAUCUAUAUUUUAGAAAUAAGGAUUUUAAAAUAGAAGUCAUGAUAUCAAGUUUACACAGAGAUAGCUUGUGAUUUUAAAAAAAAAGAAUAAAUUAUUCUGUUGCCUAAAAAGUAUGACACAAGUAAUUUUUUUUUCAGGCAAGAAAGGAGCUUGCUGAAGUCACUCCUAAGCCAGCUAUUCAUGUAUGUAAAUUGAUAAUUUUCACAAAGAAGUUUAUACAUUAAAUUAGAAAUAAAUGAAUUUCAGUAAUAGUUAUGAACUAUAAUUUGAAUGUCGCUCUGACUUUGUUAGCCCAAUAAAUACACACUAUUUUAAUGUCUAGAAAACCAAAAUUAGGUAAAACUUGAUUAAUUUCAGCUCUAUUAAAUGAGUUACUUUAGUUAUGAAUUUUUGUUUGCAUGUGUAAAUUUAAUGGAACAGGAGGAAGAUAAUGAAGAUGAUGAUGAAGGCAACAAGGAACAUCCAUCAGUAUCAGGAAGUUUAGGUAAAUAAACGAAAACAAAAAACAAAUUUAUUUUUGAGCAACGAACACUUUAAUUCCUUUGGGAAAAAUUAUCAGUAAAAUAAGUGUUCGAGAGCCCUUAAAGGGAAAUAAAGAUGGGAUAUGUCAAGGUGACAUCCGCCACCCAUCUGAUCCAACAUAAUUUUAUUUUGCAUACAGAAUAACUUUUAAAAUUCCCUUGAAAUGUGCAUAAACAGCUGUUCAAUUCUACAGGUGCGCAGUAUGGAGGAGGAAGCCCACUAUUUUACAACCAGUUUGAAUUACACACCAGAGAGCAAAAGAUGGUACAAAUUAUACUGUUGGAGGUAUGCUGUUUUUAAAUUUACAGUUAACCCACGAACUGUGGGAUGCAUUAUUCUGUGGUGUGGAGCUUUUCAGAGCAUUUUGGGUGACAUUUGAAAUUGCAUUAAAUGACAUAGAAAUAUGGAUACAAUACCCCAAUAAGUAUAUAUUUUUAGAAAGGUAAAUGGAUGGGGAUAAAGUUGGCCAUAUUGCCCACCCCGUAAAAAAAAUUUUGCUCAGUGUCCUUGACCUUGGAAUUAUCAAGAAAAAAAAAUUGACAAAAUGUCUUGCUUUCAAGUGCUCAUAACAUCAUUACUUUUUAUAGAUACACUUAAAACACAAAUCUAAAUCUUGUAGCCAAUUCAUUUACCUUUCAGAAAAUGUAUAGUUUGCUAAGGUUUUGAUUGCAAUUAAACAUCUGAAAGCAAUUAUAGUAAUUUUAGGUCAUUUAUAUAAGAAACUGGGGACCACUGCUAAAACCAAGUACAAAAUACAAAAUCUCAGGCAAAAUAGUUAUUGACUAGUAAACAUUUAAAGAGGAACUGUGGAACUGAUUUGGUUUGUUUAACUAUACAAUUUUUUAGUUCUGAACUAUAAUCUGUAGAUUCUGUGACUAAAAAUCAGUCAGUCCUUGCCCAACCUCCGGGCCUGGCUCAAAGUCUAACAGUAGCCUCAGUAGGCCUACUUCAGUAUCACUAAAACUAGUAAAAAAUUCACGAAAAGAAUAAUCUCAACUGAUAUCGUCAUGAGGAAUGUUAAAAUCAACAUCAGUAUCACUUAAAACCUCUCCUAAAAAGCUUUCAAACAUAUUUCUAUUAGUUCUCGCACUGAAGGCCCAGCCAUAGCUUCAUCCAUUUUAGCUUUAAAAAAAACAGCGAUAUAAAACUCCGAUUAAAAAGUAUUUAUUUUCCCGUUACCAUGAAACAGCUUGAACCAGAAGAUGAUUUAACUAUUAAUAAAAGGAAGUGGCUAUAAUUCCUGUUAAAUAUUGGAUUGGAAGUUGCUUUCAGACUGUGUUUUUUAUCGGCCGAUUUUUUCGGCCACCACAGUACAGAACGAGAAUGUCGGCCGAUUUUUUCAACCGACCACAGUUCAUGGGUUAAAAAAGGGAAGAACAGAACCACUGUUAUCCUGGCAAAUAAAACAUUUAUGUGAUUUAUAAUUCUAAGUUAGUAUAAUGUAUUAAUUUGAAAAUAUUAUCACACAAUAAAUUAUGUCAACAUCCUUGCUGGCUUGUCUAUUUGUUGUAAAUAAUUGGACUAUCAUUUCUCUUCAGUAGGAUAAUGGUACACUUAAAUAAUGAUGCAAUAUUUUUUUCUUUCUAACACCAGUCAUUCUGAAAACAGACUGGUUCUCUUUGUGGGGUAAAGCAGUUUUAACCUAAACAUCUAACAAUAUUUUCAGGAUGCAAUCCAUCGGAUCAAGGAGGCCUUCAACAAAGAGUUUGAUGAAGUCUACAAUAAGAAGGAACAAGAGAUUGCAAAAGUGAGAGAAAAAAACAAAAGGAUCAUGAAAAUUAUUAAAGACCUUGACUUGGAUGAAGAAAUGAUAGAACCAUCCAUGAGUGUGGCAGAGAAGCCCGAGCUACUCUUAGAUGUUCAAGACAGUGAGGUUGGUGAAUAAUCAUGGAACAUGAUUUCAUUAAAUUAUUUAAGUUUUGAUUUGAAUAAAAAUUUAAAUCUUUUCAAUAUUGUGAUUAUAUCAAGGAAAAUACUGGUUGAAUUAAUCUAUGUACAAUAUUAGCUUAAGUUUAUUACAUAUUUCUUACUUCUUUAUUGUUGAAAUCAGCUAAGAUUUAUGAUUAGUGUAUGAAAAAUUUAUAUACAAGAAUAGUUGCAAACAUGGUUGGAGAAAUUUUUUUUAAUUGAUGUUUUACAUGAUAUUUUGUAUUAAUAUUUUUUUAUUUGGCCCUUGUCCUUAUGAAAAGUGUGAUAUAUACAAUAUAUUAACAUCAAUAUUUACUUAAAUCGUUAUCUACAAAAACUGGUUUGGGUAAAUGUACUGAUAAUUGAAUGCUCAAUAAAAUUGUGAGAUCAUAUAUUUCAGAUUAAAGUAGAGAAAUAUUUAACACCAGAACAAAGAAAGAAAAUGGAGGAGGAAAAACUCCUGGAGGAGGAAAGGAUAGCGAGGGAAAGGGGAGACAAUGCAAGAGAGAGAGCCUUGGAAAUGAUGAUGGGUGGUGUUCUGGAGAUCAAGAAAGAGGAUGAGCUGAAAAAGGUUAAUUUUUACUUUAGCAUUAUAAGGUAUUCACACCUUCAGUAUGCAUUUGUUUAAAUAGCUUUGUUUCUAUAUAAUUGUUUCAGAGAGUUUUCAAUAAGAGCAUUAAUUUUUAUAGUUAUCAGGAAUUUUGUCUAUAAUCUUUUUUUAUAUUACAAAAGGAUGUUCCAAAACCUGCCUUCAUGCUCUCCAAGAAAGAAGAUGAAUAUUCUGAAGAAGAAAUGAAAGCUUAUAAAGAGUACCUGAAGAAGGUGCAGGACCUCAAUGAAGAAAGAGAAAAAUUCAGAAAGGUAUGCUUGAUUUUUCAAUUGUUUGUGAGUAAAGUAGAUUUUUAAAAACUGUGAAACACAGACAAAUCUAAAUUAUUUCUUUGAAUUCUGACAAUUCCAGCAUGAAUAAUUGUUCAACACACAAUAUAAAGUGAAAAUUGAUUGACAUAACAACAGUGUAAAUAGUUAGUUGGUAAAUUAUGUUAAAGUACAUGAAUGAAGCGCGUCAAUGAUUAAUUUUCUAAAAGAUUAUAGCUGUAUGAUGAGUAUGAGAAUGAAUUCAGCUAUAUUCUGUGCUAAAAGACAUAGAGAUUUGAAUACUUAAUAAAAAGGAAUUAAGAACCACAAUUUCAAAUGUUUUAAGUUUAAGUAUUCCAAAAUGAAAAUGAAUUUUUUUACAAGUGUUAAUGUUACAGAAAAAAUCUGGCAAGAAAGCUACAAUACCAAAGCCACAUUUUUUUUUUUGAAGUCAUUCUUUUCAUGUGUUGUAUUAAGACCAUCUCAAUUUUAUUUUUUUAACUUGUUUUUUUUUAUUAAAGUAACUGUAUUAACUAGAAUCAUCCUCUGCUUGUUAAUUGUGUCACUCUUUAGCAAUUGGAGGCAGAACUGAGAAAAUUGCAGUCAGGAAUACAAGAGUCACUUCAAGCCUUUGAUGAUGCACUCAAUGUCCUUUUCAUGCACAAAAUUAAAGUGAUGAUGGUCAUCUAUCAAGUAAGAUUCAUUUUUUAAAAUAUAUAUGAAACUGAUGAUCUUAAUGGUUUUCAGAAACAUUGUCCACAUUUUAGUAAAUUGUUAGUAUAGGAAAAAAAUAAGAAAAGUAGUAUUUGCAGUGGGAAUAAAUUACAAGGCCAUAACUCUCACACUUUAAUAAAACUCAUUGGUAAAAAACAUAAUGAAACUGUAAGGACACAACUAAAUAACUAAAUUUUUUGCAACUCAAUUGCAUUUCCAGAUAAUUAAAAGGACUGCAUAAAAUAUUUUCUAAAGCUUUAUCCCCCCACCACCACCCCCCACCCACACACAACAAACUCUCCAGACUCAACCAUUUUUCUCCAUAAAUGUACAUGAAAUUAUAUAAAAAUGCUUAUUAUUAAACUUAGGAAUAUUUAAAAAGCCUUUACUUAUCAGGAAGAGCUAAAGAUUGUACGACUUCGCUUUGCAAUGUUGAUUCAAGAAGAGAUCUCCACUAGGGACUUGGACCUUCACCAAACACUUGAACAUAAGAAACAUUUGAAGGUGAGACAGUUCCCAUCAUUUAAAACAGGGAAAGGUUUUUAUUUUGCUAAAGAAUGUAUGUUUUCAGCAAUUGAGCAUACAUUCUGACACAAAGAUGUGAAAAUAAAUUAAUUCCUAGGAUUCUAACCUGUUAAAAUCUUUUUAAAGAUUCUGAAGUCAGCCCCAUUGUGUAAUGGUAAUGUUGUCCUCCUUUAGACCAAGAGAGAGCAGAUAUCUAUGUGAAAAAAUAGCUGGGUGGAAGUAGCCCAUUAGACUAGAGCAGUGGUUCUCAACCUUCCUAAUGCCGUGACCCUUUAAUACAGUUCCUCAUCUUGUGGUGACCCACAAACAUAAAAUUAUUUUAGUUGCUUCUUCAUAAAUAUGUGUUUUCCGAUGAUCUUAAGGGACCCCUGUGUAAAGGUCGUUCAACCCCUAAAGGGGUCAUGACCCACAGGUUGAGAACCAGUGGUCUAGAUGAACAAAUAUUCUUGGGGAGGAAUAAAGCACUGAGUAUAUAACCUCAGGCAUUAGACUAGGCAUGUGAUGGAAGAUCAGUUGCCUCUGCAAUAAUAGAUGUAGACUGACCAGUAAGUGUACAGCUACUGGAAUAAAUCUGGAAUGUAAACAAAAAAUUUCUGAGCAGCUUUUAGAUAUUUUCUUUUAUCAUUCUCAUUGGCAAAACUAUGCGAAAAUAUGAAGAGAAGAAUCACAUUCCACCUUGUCAGGGCUGAUUUUAAGAAUCACAUUCCACCUUGGCAGGGCUGCUGUUAAGAAUCACAUUCCACCUUGGCAGGGCUGCUGUUAAGAAUCACAUUCCACCUUGGCAGGGCUGCUGUUAAGAAUCACAUUCCAUCUUGGCAUGGCUGAUGUUUUUGUUGUUAGCACAGAAUUUAAAUUUUUAGUUAAAUCCCUAAAUUCUGUAUUACAUUUUUUUUAAAUCUAUUUUUUUUUAAAUCAGCAAAUUUCCUUUGAAGCCAUGGCAGAAGCUCGCAAGAAUCUAGAGACUUUCCGCAAUGAGUACGAUCACCUUCAGGCGGAAGACAAAUACCUGGACAAAUCAUUCAGGAGAGAAUUUCAAGAUUUAUCUGGGAUUCUGGUUGAUGCCCUUUACAAGCAGUUCAAGAGAAGACCAAGGUUAGUUUAUCUCAUCGUACUGUACACUACUCAAAGAAGAAAAAAGAAAGAAAGCACAAUUUUACUGCUGAACUCAAACAAUCUUUUUUUUUUUUCUUACUAAAAUAUGUUCAAGCUAUAUGUAUCUUCUUUUGUUCUAGAAUAUUUCCCACUUUUAAAACAGCAGAGUGCCCAAAAUAUCAAUAGUACUGUUAAGGUCAUCUCAGUAAUAAAUGGAAUGUUCAAUGUCAGGAUGAAAGGGAGAGUACCCUUAAUUAAAAAACUGAUUAUUUUCUUUUUGAAUUUGUCUCAUGUUGCAGCUGAUUUGAUAUCAGUGUAAGUUUUGUAUUUACAUUAUUAGAACACAAAAAUUCAAAUCAAUUGAUGGUGGAAAGUCACUCAAUCCAUUUUCGGAUCGCCCUUCAUCUUCUAUGUUGCUCAACAACCUGAGAGGGCAACUUUCUAAUGGCUUGGACGAGUUGGACAAAGCCAGUAACAUGCCAGAAGGUUGUGAUGGGAAUGCUUGGGAGAAAAUGUGCAAGCUCAGAAGAAACAAAGUAGACAGUGAGUUACAAGUAAGUUCAUAUCAUAGCUGUUUAUUUGAUAGCAUGAAAACGUUUAAAUUUUAAAAUUAAUUUUAUAACUGCAUAAGAUGAGAAGAUUUUGUGAUCAAGCACAGUUUUUAAUGUUCAUUACUAACAUUAUUUUGUUGUACAUAAAUUAUUGCUAUCUUUCAUUGAAGGCGUUGAACUGUUUGUUAACAUUGACUUCUUUAUUAAUUUUUGUAACUAAUUUAAAGCUUAAAUUUUGUGAAAAUUAAUUUUCAAUGCUUUUGACUUGCAGCUCAAGAUGAAAGCAAAUGUACUAGCGGAAAUUCAAACAUUCUUGCAAAGACGUCAUGAUGAGGAUGAAAAACUGAAAUCAGAUAUUGAGACUUUAACACACCAAAUUACAAAGUAGGUUUUAAAAACUAGAAAAAAAGAUUCACGGCAUCUUAAUCUGUUACUUUGUAUAAUUUGUAUUUUAUUUUUUGGGGUUGGCUUGUUUUCUGUAUAAGGUAUCCCAAACAAUGAAAACUAAUUUUAAGAGGAGUACAAAAAUAGUUCUAAUUGGGCACUUUUGGGUUUAUGGGCACCUCAUUUUGCCCCUCUGUAACCAAGUAAGUGGCCCUUGAUUGUGCCCCCUAGCUCUGUGACCAAGUAAGUGACCUUUGAUGGCCCUUGAUUGCAUAUAUUAUUUCUUUGAAUUCACCCUUAGGAUCAAGGAUGAUGAACUGAGAUUCACUCUAAACCUUGAGGUCCAGCUACUUUUGAAACAAGGUCAGAUUGAGGUGGAUGCUGGGCCAUUUAUCAGAGACUUCAGACAUAGUGUACUUGUGCACCGAAGUGUUGUGGAGGAUCUCAAUGCUACUAUUAAAGUAAGGAAUCUACACAUUUUAUGUGAAACUAGUAAGAUUGUGAAAUGUUUCAAACUCUCAGUGCAAAUAAUCACUUCAUUCAAAAAAUGAUUUGUAAAAAGGAAAUUGAAUAAAAGGUGGUCCACUCAGCACUAUGACAAGCCGAUAUACUGUUUUGUGGGCAAUUUAUCCCAUUUCUAAAACUUAUUGGAGAGCACUGAUCAGUAAGAUAUGCUAUUUAUAAAGGAUUGAUUUUAAAUGCAUGUUGGAAAAAACAAAGAUUCUUAGAAUUCAUUCUUAAAAUUUCUAAUAGUAUUUGCAUUUUAAAAUAAAUCUUUAAAUUAAUUUCUUUUACUAAACAUUCUUUAAACUGAACAUUUCAUAAAUAACCUGUCUUAUCCUUCUACAGCAACUUGGUGAAAGAAAAAUCGCCAGCAUGGUUGAAAGCAAGGACUUCAGGAAGGGCAUCAUACAACUUGAAUGGUGACUGACUGAUAAAAACUUACCAUUUUAAUUAGUUAAAAGCAAAACAAAUUUCAAAUGUAAAUUUGGCUUUUUUUUUAAUCUUUACUCGAUAGAAUUAAUUUCUUUCAAUUCCAUUUUCAAUGAAAAUUAAUUGAAAAUUCUCAGAGUGAGCAAAUGAAAACGUUAAAUUGUUUCUUCAAUUGAAGCAUCAUUAUUCCCAACUUUUACGUAAGGACACCAUAAGUAAAUUAUUAACUUCACUCUACAGUUCUUUCUACUUUCUUGCCAAAUUUUCUUAUAAGAAAUAUUAAGAAAACAUCAGUCAUCUCUUAAAACCUAGUUUGUCUUUCUUUUAAUCAAAUAACUUCUUUGCCAUCUGGUUUGCUCAAACAGGGAGCACAAGAAGAUGUCUAUGCAAAUGGAGGAUCUUGAAAAUAAGAUGAAAGACAUUCAAUUUGUCAAAGUUACACGAGAAAUUCAAGCGGUAAGUCUGUACUUUCAGGGGAAUGAUACACCUAUAUGAGUAUCACUACAUUAUUAAAAACAACCCAGACGGGAUUUAAAAUUUAUUUUCAAUUUAGAUUUAAAAUUUAAAAUUUAAUUUAACAGUAAUGUACUUAAGUGAAAGAAAACUUAUUUUUAAGUAAUAUUUAAAGAUUUUCUUUACUACACAAAAAAAUCUUCACAAAAAUUUUUUUUAAAAAUGUAACUUAACCUUAUGCUAUCAGAAGAACAUAAAGUGAUAAUUUUCAGUAAUUUUUUUCUAUUCUUUGCAUAAAAAAAAUAAUCAUCAUUAUUUAUUAUUUGACUUGCAAAUAAACUGCAUUAUAGAAAUGUUUUGUUUUUUUUUAUUCUUAAUUUUUUUUUAAAAAUGCUUUGUCUGAUUGUCUUAACAGUAUCUCCAGGAAAAGGAUUAUGAGACAAAGAAAGCUGAGGAAAUUACAAAACUUGAACAAACAAUUAUACAGCUGAAAAAGGUGAUUACACUGUAACUUUUAUUAAAAAACGAAUCACAUACAAAAAUAAAGGAAAUAAACAUUCUUUAAAACAGUUCAAGGAAUCUACACAGAAAUGAGACUAUAAAAAAAUAUAAGACUUAAAAUAAAGCAAUCACCAUCCCAAAAGUCUUUAACCGAAAACUCCAGCUUAAAUUUUGUUUACCUCAAAAAUCUUUUCAGAGAGCAUUGAAGUUUUCCUAUAAAUAACUCAAUUAAAUUACUAAAGUAGUAAAUGCCACAGCUAAUGUUAGAGUUAGUUUAAAACUUUUCCCAGCUUAAAUGUAGUUUUUAAAUUAAAUUGUGUGUUAUAAGCCUAAAAUAAAUAUUAGCAUUUCUAUAAAAUUAUGUUCACCUAUUGCACUUAAAAUGAUUUUAAUUCCAUGUGAGAUUAUGGCUUACUCUAUACCUUCAAGUCAAGUGGUAUAUUGAUACUAAGUUACUUUAAUGCUUCAUCUCUCGACAGUAUCAUGAAACAACAAUAACACAGAAGAAACAAAAGCUCAAGGAGCUCUCCAAGGGAACUAAGGUAAAGAGCAUCACUAACAAGAAACUUGAUGAGGAGUUACUGGACCUGAAUGUUGUUGUCAAUGAAAGGAAGCAGAUCGAGGACAUUAACAGUGAGUAUCGUUUGCUGAUUUGAACUAAAACAUAACAGAAUACUUUGUUUCAGAGCUAUCAAUAAAGUGGAUGAUUUUUCUUUACCCUGGGAUUAUUCCUAGAAAUUGAGGAAGAGGUGUUGAGAAAUUAAGGUUGCAGGUGUUCGCUGAUGGCAUCUACCAAAUAAGUUAUAGAGUUUUUGUAUGUACCAUAACAGUAGUGUUGUCACAGAUGAGUGUAGUGACAAUAAGAAAUUAGUCCCAUCAAUAUAAAUAAUAUUUUAAUUUUUAAAUGAAAGGUUGUACAGGAUCAACUGCAAAUUUUUUACAGAAAUCUCAAAUUUCUGUUGUUCGUAAGCAACCUAUGGCUUAAUGUCAGUUGACCUCCGAGGGAUGGUGAGCCUCGGGUGUAAAACUAUUAGCAAGCUAUAUUAAUAAGAUACAAUUUAUACCUGAUAUCUUAGCAUGGUCCUUAUCACUUUAUCAGCAGCUGUUCGAAACAUUCUAAGUUAUAGAAUAAUUAUGAGAUUUCAUGGGUGCGUUUAUGAGAAACUGCAAUGAUUUCCAGCAGGGCUGCUCUGAAAAUUUACCUGAUUCUCUCAGCCAUGUUAUAAAUUUUAAUGUAAAGAUUUGAUACGCAUUAAAUUAUUAUGGUUAAAGAAAUUCUCCCAAAGGAUCCUAAUGAAAAUUUAAAUAACAUGUUAAAAUAUUUAGUUAAUUUCUAUGUCUUCAAGCUCAUGAAUUUUACAAAUUCUAUUGUAGUGGAGAGCAGAGAUGAUGAUGCUGUCAACAGGCGAUAUAAAGAGAUUAUACAGAGAAGAAAACUGGUGGACCUGGCGAAGGCCCAAGCCCAGGAAGUCGCCGUGUUGAGAGCUGAGGUAGAAAGACUGCGUAUGCGUACAUUCCCAGCACUAGUGCAGGUGGAGCACUGAAGUGUUGACUUUUUAGUGAGAUUGCAACAUGCUUAACUAAAAUAAAGGGAAAAUGAGAAAACAUUCAUUUAUAAGAAUUCAUUUCAUUAGCUUCAUAAACAGAUUCAUAAAAUUACAGUCUUUAAAUAAUUAUCUGUAUUUGUUAUUAAAAAAAUACUUACCACACAGCUUCAUGGAUCAGUGAAAGUCAU